CUUUUACCGGAAGCUGAGUUGUCAGUUUUGUUUUGGAAGUUGACAGGCACGUGAGCUGCUGACGUCAUCAGCAGAGAGAGCAGGUGACAUGGCGGCGGAUUCUGUGGUGAAGGUUCUGUUUGAACAUGAAGGAGUUUUCAUUCAUCCAGGUAGCGAGGACGAAGGCAGCGAGCAGUAUUUACUCAUUUCUGGCUCACUUCGGAUUGUUGACAAGGAUGCUGAAAUCAUGGUGGAGUACAGGCCUGUGGACGAUGCUGUGGACCCGUCAAACAUGCUGUGUGCUGGGAAGGACUCCAGCUCAGUGAUGGAGUGGAACCAGUGUUCAGGUGAGAAGUCGCAGCAGCAGCUGUUAGAAACCCAGCUGAGCUAUGAGACGGAGUGGGACAUGAUCAAUGCCGUGUCCUUCAGGAAGAAACCCUGCACCAAUGGAGAGAGCUCUCUGAACCACAGCCAUGAGCGGAGCAGGUGGGCGUUGACCUUCAGUGUCAGUGACCUGAGGUCCAUCACAGUGAAGGAAGAAGGUUGGACCUUCCUGGUCUUCAGACUGAAGGAGUCGUCCACGUCCCUGCCUGCACUUCACUUCCACCAGGGAGGCAGCACCGAGUUCUUGGACAGCCUGAGGAGAUUUGCUUUGCUCAGCGAGGCUCCAGAUGAUGAGACGUUUCUGUUGGUCAGCACACCGAACAAAGCUCUGUCUCAGUCCUUCGAGAACCUUCUGGAUGACAACAACUUUGGCCUCGUCCAUCAGAAGUUCCGAAAGGACCCGUAUGUCACCACCCUGGGCGGCUUCUCCAAAGUCACCAACUACAUCUAUGAUGCUUUCCGGGGGACAGAGGAGCAGCACCAGCGCCCCCCGGAGGAGGUGGCCGACCUGCUGGGCGAAGUCAUCCCAGGACUAGAGAUCAACCAGCAGGAGGAGCCUGGCUUCGAGGUCAUCACCAGGAUCGACCUGGGACCGAGGCCUCAGGUGACGAGGAGGGAGCCGCUGUCACCAGACGACUGGACCAAACAUCAGGAUCCAGAGGGGAGGAUGAGCGAUGUCACACACCUGAAACGAGUCAUCUUUAAAGGGGGACUGUGUCACGCUGUGAGGAAAGAGGCCUGGAAGUUCCUGCUGGGAUACUUCCCAUGGGAGAGCACGCUGGAGGAGAGAAAAGUCCUGCAGAGAUCCAAAACUGAUGAGUACUUCAGAAUGAAGCUGCAGUGGAAGUCUGUCAGUGAGGAGCAAGAGAGGAGAAACUCCCGACUGAGAGACUACAGGAGUCUGAUCGAGAAAGAUGUGAACCGAACAGACAGAACUAACAGGUUCUACGAAGGCAUCGACAAUCCGGGUCUGGUCCUGCUGCAUGACAUCCUGAUGACCUACUGCAUGUACGACUUUGACCUGGGUUAUGUUCAGGGGAUGAGCGACCUGCUGUCUCCCAUCCUCUACGUGAUGGAGAACGAGGUGGAUGCUUUCUGGUGUUUUGUGUCCUUCAUGGAUCAGAUGCAUCAUAACUUUGAGGAGCAGAUGCAGGGGAUGAAGACUCAGCUCAUCCAGCUCAGCACGCUGCUCAGACUGCUCGACUUGUCCUUCUGGAACUACCUCGAGUCUCAGGACUCAGGUUAUCUGUACUUCUGUUUCCGCUGGUUGUUGAUCAGAUUUAAGAGGGAGCUCAGCUUCCAGGACGUCCUGCGACUCUGGGAGGUGAUGUGGACAGGUCUCCCCUGUCAGAACUUCCACCUGCUGGUCUGCUGUGCCAUCCUGGACUCAGAGAAACAGAAGAUCAUGGAGGAGAACUACGGCUUCAACGAAAUCCUCAAGCACAUUAACGAGCUCUCCAUGAAGCUGGACAUCGAGGAGAUCCUUCAGAAGGCGGAGGGCAUCAGUCUGCAGAUCCAGAGCUGUAAGGAUCUGCCUCACUCCAUCAGCAUCAUCCUGGGCUUCGACACACAGGUUUGUGGUUCUGACCUGACAGACUCUGGACCUCCUCCCCCUUCCAGACCGGCCCAGAGGCCGGACGCCUGCUCCAAUGGACACUUGAGAGAAACCAGCUCUCACAACAGCUGCAAAGUGGCCUUCAUAUCGUAGUGAAAAGCAGAGACUGACUUGGUGUGUCAGCAGCAGGAGGACGAGGAUGUAAAAAGGAUUGAAGAUUAUUCAGAAUCUUAUUUUUGUAAUUUCUUGUACCAUAUUGUCUCUCUGAGUCAAACAGUCAUUCCUUCUCUGCUGCUAAUGAUGUUUUCUGAAGCUCCAUCCAGACGAACCAGCCACUCGCCCAUUAACUCAUCGUUAAAGAUGAAGCUGCAGGAUCUGUGACAGACGACCUCCUCCGGGUGGCGCCACACAGAUACUGCAGGAGAAGAAUCCAAAACAAAUGAAUUCACAGAACCAAGAUUCUCCUGAGAAGUUUCCUUCAGUAAAAGAAUCUACUACAUCUGCAGACAUUAUGCUAAUAGCUCACUGAGCUCUCUGAGCGGACAACAGCUACAUGUUAAUGAAUACAGGUAGUCAGCUGUCUGCUCAUUGGUCCAUACACAGGCUUAAUGUUGGUGUUAGCAUGUUAGCAUGGCUCAGAUCAGCAGCAGGAGGAGAUGGCUGCUGUGUGAAUAGAGCUUCAGAGUCAACAUGACAUUUAUUCACCUGAAGAAGACAAACUGCCUGCUGAACUCUAAUAAUCCAUAACCUCCUCAGUAUUAAUCUGCUAAUCUGACGCCCAUUCUCCCGCGCGACGUGGAGUCAGAUGAGACCUUAACGUGGCCGGAGGAGACGGUUUCCUCUUCAUCACAGGAAACCGUCUCCUCUGAUGAAGAUGACGACAUGAACAACUAUGUCAGAGUUUUAAAGGAACAAGGCAACGUGUUUUCUCACUGGGAGUGAAAAGAGAAGGAUAGCUGUGAUUCUGUUCGUCACAUUAGAGGAUCAUUCCAGGUUAUUUCCUCACAGCAGGGUGUCAAUGCUUUUAUUUCUAAUGUUUCACACACAAACUGAGAAUGUUGAUUAAAAACAGGAUGAGACACUUUUUAACAUGAAUAAAAACCUCCACAUAAGAAAUGAAUAUUGAAUAACGUGAAUAACAAACAUUUGGUCCGCUUCAGUUUCGUGUAGAUUUCAACUCAAUGAUUGUGCAUCCAAGAAGAAAUCAAAUAAUUUCGUCUUGAAUCCCAAACGUUCACCUGUAGUUUUCAGUUUGUGGAGACAAUGUAAUAAACCUCAGUUCUGUGCAGGAUUCUGGUUGAUUUAUCAUUACCUGUGUUACCGUGGUAACAGCAGGUGUGUCUUCAUGCUAGGACGAACAAUUGAGCAGCUACUAUAAUAAUAAUAACGAAAUCAGUCUGAAUCAUUCCAACCUCAUCUGUCUCCAGUCGGUUGGAGUUUCCUGUGUCUCCUUCACAAUAAAAGCCAGUUGAAGCAGGAGAUGUUGUGUUAGCAUUAGCAGUAAGCUAACCUGGCUAAUCUGAAGGAUGUUGGUGUGAAUCUUUUCUUUAAACUCUCAGUGAGAAAACAAAAUGUGAAAUAUUGCUUUGAGUGAGAGCUCGACUGUCACAGCUUCGGUCCAGAUUGGACUGCUGACAGCUUCAUGAGAACGAACAUGUUCUGAGCCUGUAAUAGCUGUGACGCUGUGGACUCUGACUGCUGCCUCUCCUCCUCAUGAAGCUCUGCUGUGGUUCUGCUGUGGUUCUGCUGCAGGUUUAACUUUGUGAUUUCAGCUCUUUCAUGUAACCAAUUGAACACUUUAGGCAAUAAAAUUGUUUCAGGAGCA